GGCAACGAAUCGCCACUCCGAUUCCUGAAAUCGACGAGCGACAAAGAUGGAAGUCGCUGGCCUCGCUAUCGGAACGCUCGCUUUAGUCGGAGUAUUCCAGGACUGUGUAACGCUUUUGUCACAGAUAGGUACCGCAGAGUCCAUGGGCAAAGACUAUCUUCUACUUGCAACAAGACUCGACUUCCAGAAAACUUUGUUGUUACAACUGGCAAACCGUUUGAAUCUCUACGACAAUAGCAAAUACGACACACGACUAAAUGAUCCCUUCAUCGCGCGUCUCAUGCACAGCAGUCUUACUUGCAUCCGUCAGCUUCUCCAAGAUGGCUUCAAACUUCAGAAACGCUACGGAUUGAGGCCAGCUGGCGCAAAGGAGAUAAUCGAAUCCUCUACGGCUGUCAGCAAUCGAUUGUCCUCAAGUCUACAAGAGCAGUCACUGGACUUCUGGAACCGGUACAGUGACCAGGUAUCUCAGCCUAAUGAAUCAGGCUUCUCGCGUUACAUUCCAUGCAGCGAGAGUAAGAGCACGUUCUCUUUCUCCGAUAAAAUCAAGUGGGUCAUCAAAGACAAGGAACAAUUCGAAGGUCUCGUUAGAGAUCUAUCGAAUCUUAUCAUGGAUAUGGACCGAGUUAUACCCUGUACUCAAACUCACACCGUGUUGAAGCGGGAGAUUCAAGCAAUGCACAGCGUUCAAGAGCUGAGUUUGGUAAUGGAUGCUUCUGUAAUCGACAACGGCGAUCUGGUCAGUGUCACAAAAGAAACGAUAGAGCGAAGGUGUACGCAAUUGAUUCUAAACCGUCUCUGGUUUCGCUUGAUCGACGAAAGAGGAAACAACAUCGUUGAGGCUCACUCCAAAACUCUGGAAUGGGCCAUCAAUCCACCCGCUUCUGGGGCUGUGUGGGACAAUUUAGACCAGUGGUUACGGUGUGGACGUGGCAUCUACUGGAUACACGGUAAGCCUGGCAGCGGGAAAUCUACUCUCAUGAAGUUUCUCUACAACCAUCCCAAGACAAUGUCUUCAUUACAUACAUGGGCGGGACACAGGAAACUGACCGGGACCUCGUUCUUCCUGUGGAACAUCGGAUCCUCCGAGCAGAGCUCACAGGAAGGUCUUGCUCGGGGGUUACUGUACCAUGUUCUAACGAAGAACCCAGCCCUGAUUCCUACAGUACUUCCCCAUAUGUGGCAAGAGGCUCGAAGCGGCGCUUUUGACCUGAGUACUCCAUCACAUAUCGAAAUGAAGAACGCGUUCGGAAGACUCAGCGCUGAGAAGACAGCUGGUGCUUACGCCUUUUUCAUCGACGGUCUCGAUGAGUUUAGUGGCAAUCACCGAGAUGGCAUAUUAUUCGUGAAAAGUCUCAUCACUAGCUCACAUAUCAAGAUCGUUGUGUCUAGUAGGACCAUUGACACGUGUGUCGCAGCCUUCUCAUCAGCACCCAAGUUGAGAUUGCAGGACCUCACGGCAUCGGAUAUCAGCACAUACGUCAGCGACGCCUUGCGAUCACAUACUUAUUCCGCAAACUACAAUGAUGCGACUACUGAGACACUGGUGAAUGAUAUACGAAGCAAAGCCGACGGUGUGUUCCUAUGGGUUGUGCUUGCAUGCCGCGCGCUCCUCGAGGGGUUUGAGGCCUACGAUAGCGUGGAGGAACUACGACGUCGCGUUGAUGAGUUACCAGCGGAGCUCGAAAAUCUCUUCCGUCACAUACUCAAUGGUCUUCCCACCCGCUACCUUCAACAGGCUGCGCAACUCCUGCGAGUCUGCUACAUCCGUCGCUCACUGGAGAUUCAACCGGAACUGUCGUCCGUUAAUUUAGCCUGGGCCCAUGAAAAGGAUAUGAGGGCAUGCGCAAUGGGAGAAUUCACAACACCUACCCUUGAAGAGAAGAAAGCACUGACUACGAGGUUCGAGGGUCGUCUGCGCAGUCGGUGUAGAGGACUCCUGGAGGUCUAUACAUCCACUGACGAACACGAUUCUUAUGUCGAGUUCAUGCACCGCACGGUGUUCGAGUAUCUCAGUACUCCGAACAUUUGGGGGUUGGAUUGCCUGCAAAUCGUCGACCACGAUUUCGACGCCAACACAGUGUUGGCGUAUAUAUCGUGCUACACCCUCUACAACCAGAUGAGAGGCGCCGUCAAGAGUGAUGGCAUUUUCUGGAGAGCCCUGGCUUAUGCAUGGGAGGUGGAACAGAGUUCGCCUUCGAAUAUGUCCCGCCUACUCGACCGUCUCGCCUUUGCGCUUCAAUAUGAAGCAAACGCCAAUAUCCCAUCUCUCUCACCCAUUCUCGAUUCAUCACUGGGCACAAACGCUUUUCUACUGGCUAUAGAGUUCGACUUGACAACUUUCGCCCAAAGGCACGACCUGAGAAAUUUCAACGCCCUCCGGAAGCUGAACAGCCACUCAGAAAGCUCAAAACACAGACUUUUAUAUCACGCGUUCAUCAAGCCACUGUCAACUGCAAGGAUCUAUAUUCGGGGUUUCUUCCCAUGCUCGCCGGGUAUGAUCGAUCUUCUAAUCCGUUCUGGCAGCAAUCCGAACGACAGUAUCGCACUGUCUGGGGAUGAGAUGAGAACUUGUUGGGGAGCAUGGAUGGGGUCAGAUUACAUGGUCAUUACCAAGGAUAAGCGCGCUGUGGAGGAUGCUGAAAUAACGAUGAUGAUGAUUCGUGCCGGUGCAGCUCUUGUUCCUCCGAAUUCCGAUGAUCCUGCAACUGGCGUUGCUCAUAUCUCUACAAAAGACCACCGAGGACGCCUCAGAGAUGCGGUGGGUGAAUGGCUGAGAUGGGCGCCUACACUACCCAAAUUACAAGAUCGGAACAAGUUGAAAGCACUCUGCGAUGAGAUUACCGCUGCAGUAGCAGCAAGCUAUCAGACCAAGUGUAGCUGAGAAGGCAGGCAAACGCAUGCGACUGAAGCUUUGUCUCAGGAUAUACAAGGGAAGCCGGCGAAGGCUUCGAUCCCUCAGCGUGGCC